AUCUGAGGCAAUCAUGGCAACCACGAUCCACGAUGUGCUUCCAAGUCAUUUCGCCUGUGUGAUCUUUACUUACAUCUACAGCGUGUUCAUGAUAAUGUACCUGAGUAUGAAGGUGAUGGGAGCAAGAAAGAAAUACGGCGUAAAGUAUCCUGAUAUGUACUCCAAAGAACCAUUGUUUAACUGUUUCCAGAGAGCACAUCAAAACACUAUGGAGGUCUAUCCAAUUUGGCUUGUUUUCCAGCUUAUAGCAGGGCUUGCAUUUCCACUGUCUGCUGCAGUUCUUGGAGCAAUAUGGGUUACUAGCCGCUUUUCAUAUGCCUGGGGAUAUUACACUGGCGACCCUGAGAAGAGGAUGAAAGGAAUGUAUGGCUACAUUGGAUAUUUUGGAUUGAUGCUGCUGUCUAUAGCUACUGCACUACAGCUUCUCCACCUUAUUUAAUAAAACCUACCUUUUCAGGUCAUCUGGGAGUUUGUUCUGUUGAACUUAUCCAUGCAUGUUUUUAAUGGGAAAGAAGCAAAUUAACAGAUGUUAUUUUUCUUGUCUUAUUUUGUUCUAUGGCAUAUAAAUUCUGCACCUGUUCGUGUCGUGGACCGAGAAAUGUCCUCCGAGCCAUUCAUUGAAGCCUGCCCCAUUACAUUGACAGUUCACCAUAAGGCCAGCUUAUAACUCUGUUUAUUACUGACAUACUGCUGCUCCCUGUUGUAGUUUGCAGCCUUAUUGCCUGGAUUGCACCCUCCCUGGGAUGUGAAAGUUUACUAUCGCAUUCCAGCUUGCCAUAUCCUAUUUGACAGAGAUCCCUUAGAAUUCAUCUUACCGGGUAGCUGUUUUAUUAGAAAUGCAGAUAUUUUCUUAUAUGUCCAGAUCCAUGUGCUCACAUGCUGCUUACAAACUGCCUACUGUUGCUUUUUACAAAACCUCAUUUGCACUUUGGCUAAACAUUUGCUGAAGGGCACAUCAUUCUGUAUAAGCAGUUUUAUGAAUAAAUGCUGUCUGCUAUGUUGCAGCCCUAUAUAUGUUGAUCAGAAAACUGCGCUGUUAGUCUUUAGACACUGAGCCAUCAGAACUAUUGCAUUAAUUUAAGCUUGAUUUCUAGUAGGGGCAAAUGCAGGGCAAUGACCAAAAAAAAAAAAAACGCUUUAAGGGUGAAGUUUUUGUGUUUAUUAUAGCCUUUGUGUUUUCUUUAAGCGUGCAGUUAAUUAGCUCUUUAAAGUUUGGGGAAUUCACUUUAAACUCUUGGAAAUAAUUAAGUUAGCUAUUAAAAAAUAGUGACACACAUGUGGUGUUCUUAUAUAACCUUUCCUGUAGAACUAAGCUGAAAGUAAUAUUACAAUUGACCCAUAUUUCUAUACAUGUAUUUUACAAUAUCUGUAAUAACAUUGGUAGGGUUGUUCUAUUUAAUAAUUUUGUUCUGAAAAGGUUCACAAAUUGUUAAAGCUUUGUACUAUAGCAAGGUAGCUUCUUUUUAGUCUGGAAAUACACUAGCAUUUUUCUCAUUCAAAUAAAAAUAAAAGCUAUUAUAGACGGCUA